AUGGUCGAACUCAUUCCUCCCCCUGAUCCUCACACACUGCUUCCGCCUCUGCUCGCCUGUCUACCAACAUCCUUUGCCUCCCAUAGGCCUCCUCCAGCACUACUAGACCUCCUGUCUCCCAUUCUCCGCCAGCGCCUGCAUCUACACACCUCUGGACCCUCUCAGGACAACUGGGCGGCGCUACUAUGUUGGGAUGCUGCGAAAGGAGAUGUUCUGAAAACAAAAAUCCAAGAGACGGUGUUCGAGCCACAUCCUGCCUCCGGGGAAAUCGAGGUGGGCGAUAUAGAACAAAUCACCUACAAAAGGUUGGACGAAGAGACACUCCAAGCACAGAUCCCGUUGAUCGACUGGCCUUUCACCGCACUGUACCUGUGGUGCUCUAGCAAAGAUGAAGGAAGCUCCAGGGCCUGGAAGCUGGCAGAACUGUUACCCUUCGAUCAAGACCUACAGGGCGAUCCAUCCUGGUCAACAUCUAUCGAAGCGGCGAAUGAAUCUGCGAGGGAGAGAUUGGUGACCGAAGCCUUGCUAGAGGCUGAUGCGGCCAAUGCACGGGCCCAGAGAGACCCUGCCUCCGCUGACACGGAGGAAGAUGAUUACUGGGCCAUGUAUGACAAGACUCCUGGCAGAACACCCGCUCGAAAGGCUUCAGUCGAGCCCCAUCAUAACAAGCCGGCAGACGACGACUAUUAUGCACAAUACAACAGUGUGCAGCCUGCGUUGGAUAGUCACGACCCGGACGAAGAGAUGGAAGAUGCCGGAGAAUCCACAUUGAACGGGAAUGCGUUGCAACACUUGCUUUCACGAGACACCGACUCCCGUUUGGAUCAAGAUCCUCCUCCGUACCAAGGCGCCAUCGACGAUGUUACGCCGGAGAAAGAAGUCGAAGUCACCCACCCUGCGCCUUCACCACCCUCCUCGAAAGGAUCAGACACGGUGGCUCGACUAGAGCAGCAUGCAGAGCGAUACACAGCAUCGGAAAUAGGGAUCCGGCAGCAUAUCAGUACCAGUCUGAAAAGCAUGUAUCGACUGGCGCAGAGUGCCGGGAUCGACCGCGAGGAGUUUGAGCGCAUUGUGCAGCGUGAAAUGGAGGCUCUGAGCAUUUUGGAUAGCCACGAGUAG